UGAGAACCACUGUUGGAGAGUAGUCAUACAGGAAUGCAGAAUUGGUCACGGAGGAAGCGUAGAGAUUACUUUCCGAUAUGAAUAAGCUACGAUAUACGGGCGAAUCAAAAAGAAUACGGAGAUGAUAUAGUAGUCGACGAUACCGUUGCUUAACCACUUGUUAAUAUAAUAUUUUCUAUGCACAAACUUACUUAAUUUUCAAGAUAAACAUGUAUAGGAAAUAUAUAACCUUAUGAUUUGCAAGAAAUUAAGAAAAUAAAUCAAGUAAAUAUAUCGAUCUAGUGAAUCUCGUGUGAUAAGCAUGAAUUGUUCAUUUCCUUCCUUUUAAAAUAAUUUUAAAUAGUUUUCAAUUAGCAAACGUACAAAGUGCAGUUUAGAAAGUGCAUCGAUGCAAUAUCAACAUAACCAUAAAAUAAGAGACAAUCAUUGAAAUCGACACAAAAAACAUAUUUUUAUGUUUAUUUGUUUUAGCAAAUGAUCAUUAUUUGCAACUGUGAAUGAUUUUAUUUUUAAAUAAUAAUCUAGUUACAAAAUUAUCCUAAAGAUGCGAGUAGAAAGCUUACUAAUUCAAUUUGUCACAAUAUUUUUAUAUAUCUUAAAAACAAAAGCAGAAGGCAUUAUGUGCUACCGUUGCGUGUCAACAUUUUCAGGACAUGACGCAUCCGAAAAACUUUGUUCUCAAUUCAAUGGGAAUAAGACAUUUCAAGUUUUCUGUCCAAUGUCAACAUUUUGUGUAAACAAAACUAUCUAUUAUAAAUCCCAAACAUCCAUGGUUAAAAUAGUUGAAAGAGGCUGCGCUACUCAAAGAUAUUUAUCUAAGAUUUAUAAUAAUAAAACAAGAGAGUGGUACGAUAAGGAAGAAGUAAUAAAAGCUUAUGAAGAAGGUUGUACUAUCGGUGAAGACAGAGGAGCAACUGGUAGACCACCUGAAUAUUGUUACUGCAAUUCUGAUUUAUGUAAUUUUUCUCCUUCCAUUAAGACGGCAAAUCUGACUACUACUAUCUUUCUAUUGACGCUAUCUUUAUUAUUUGUUAAUUUUUUACACGUUUAAGAAGUUAACGUAAAUAUUUUAAUGUAUAAAUUUGAUAGCCUCUAAAUUAAAAUAUUGUUACCUCGAAGGAGUAAGUUUAUAGAAUAAUAUUUGAGAAAUCCAAUGUGCAUUUCUUACGGUGCAACGAUAUUGGAUACAACGAAUACUUAAGUUUAAUAAUGUACUUCUAAUAUUGUGUAUUGUAUUUUUAUAAAUUUACACCAAUUAGUUAGGUAUUAAUACUUUUGUGAUAUCAUUACGUUAAGAAAAAAAUGUAAUCUCUAUUAAGGAUACCAUUUUAUUUACAAUUUGAUAAUUAUUUAAUAUAUUACGCGAUAUAUUCCAUCUAUAA